AUGAAGCUCUCCCACCUUCUCACCUCGGCCGUGAGUCUUCUCUCCCUAGGCCUCGAAGUCGAGGGCUUCUCACGCUCUCGCAACGACGCCGUUGGCCCAAAGCGCCCCUUCAAACCCCUUCCCCACAGCCAUCCGCGCAAGAAAGUCUGCCAUGUGCGCAGCCACGGCGACGGCACCGACGAUUCGGACUUCAUCCUCUCAGCCCUGAACCACUGCAACCACGGCGGCAAGGUCGUGUUCGCGGCAGACAAGGAGUAUACCGUUGGCACGGCGCUGGAUCUGACGUUCCUGAAGCAUAUUGAUCUUGAAAUCCUCGGCCGCAUCCAAUUCACCAACGACACAGACUACUGGCAAGCGAAUUCCUUCAAGCACACGUUCCAGAACGCCACGACCUUCUUCCAGCUCGGCGGCGAGGACGUAAACGUCUACGGGGGCGGCACGCUCGACGGCAACGGACAGAUCUGGUACGACCUCUUUGCCGAGGACGCGCUGAUCCUGCGCCCUAUUCUCUUCGGCGUGAUCGGUCUGCAUGGUGGUACCAUUGGGCCCCUGAAGCUCCGCUACUCCCCGCAGUGGUACCAGCUUGUUGCGAACAGCUCGGAUGUCCUCUUCGACGGCAUCGAUAUCUCGGGAUAUAGUUCCAGCGAGAACGAGGCGAAGAACACGGAUGGCUGGGAUACGUACCGCUCGAAGAACAUCGUUAUCCAGAACUCGGUCAUUAAUAAUGGGGAUGACUGCGUCUCCUUCAAACCAAACAGCACGGACAUCCUCGUCCAGAACUUGUACUGCAACGGCUCGCACGGUAUCUCCGUUGGUUCGCUCGGCCAGUACCCCGGCGAAGUGGACAUCGUGAAGAACGUACUCGUGUACAAUAUAUCCAUGUACAAUGCUUCCGACAUGGCCCGCAUCAAGGUCUGGCCGGGCGUUGCCUCCGCCAUGUCCGAGGAUCUCCAGGGCGGUGGUGGUCUCGGCGCCGUGUCAAACAUCACAUACGAGGACAUGUACAUUGAGAAUGUCGACUGGGCCAUUGAGAUCACGCAGUGCUAUGGGCAGAAGAAUCUGACGCUUUGCAAUCAGUACCCGAGUAACCUGACGAUCUCGGACAUCCACAUCAGCAACAUGUACGGGACGACUUCGGGCGCGAGGGACCCGAACGUUGGGACGAUUGUGUGCUCGAGUCCGGAUGUGUGCUCGGAUAUCUAUGUUGAUGAUAUUGAUGUUGUGAGUCCGAUUGGGACGAACGAUUUUGUUUGCACCAAUGUCGAUGAGAGUCUCUUGCAGGUUAACUGUACCUCUGGGUAG